CCCUUCGUCGGCGUUCGGCCGCUACCCGGAAACGCACCCAUGAAACCCGGACCGUCAGCUCGACUGACGGCUAUGGCGCCGCUGCUGGAAUACGAGCGGCAGCUGGUGCUUGAACUACUCGAAGCGGAUGGGCUGGUGGUGUGCGCCCGCGGGCUCGGCGCGGACAGGCUCCUGUAUCACUUCCUCCGGCUGCACUGCCACCCGGCAUGCCUGGUCCUGGUGCUCAACACACAGCCGGCCGAGGAGGAGUACUUUAUCAAUCAGCUGAAGAUAGAAGGAGUGGAACACCUCCCUCACCGUGUAACAAAUGAAAUCACAAGCAACAGUCGCUAUGAGGUUUACACACAAGGAGGUGUGAUAUUUGCAACGAGUCGAAUACUUGUGGUUGAUUUCUUGACUGAUAGAAUACCUUCAGAUUUAAUUACUGGCAUCUUGGUGUAUAGGGCUCACAGAAUAAUCGAGUCCUGUCAAGAAGCGUUCAUCUUGCGCCUCUUUCGCCAGAAAAACAAGCGUGGUUUUAUUAAAGCUUUCACAGACAAUGCUGUUGCCUUUGAUACUGGUUUUUGUCAUGUGGAACGGGUGAUGAGAAAUCUUUUUGUAAAGAAGCUAUAUCUGUGGCCAAGGUUUCAUGUAGCAGUGAACUCGUUUCUAGAGCAGCACAAGCCCGAAGUGGUGGAAAUCCAUGUCUCCAUGACGCCGGCCAUGCUUGCCAUGCAGACCGCCAUCCUGGACAUUUUGAACGCAUGCCUGAAGGAGCUGAAGUGCCAUAACCCGUCGCUCGAAGUCGAAGAUUUAUCUUUAGAAAAUGCUAUUGGAAAAGCCUUUGACAAGACAAUCCGCCAUUAUCUGGAUCCUUUGUGGCACCAGCUUGGAGCCAAGACUAAAUCCUUGGUUCAGGAUUUGAAGAUAUUACGAACUUUACUGCAAUAUCUCUCUCAGUAUGAUUGUAUUACAUUUCUGAAUCUUCUGGAAUCUCUGAGAGCAACAGAGAAGGCUUUUGGUCAAAAUUCAGGUUGGCUAUUUCUUGACUCCAGCACCUCGCUGUUUGUAAAUGCUCGAGCAAGGGUUUAUCGUGUCCCAGAUGCUAAAAUGAGUAAAAAAGGCAAAGUGUCCGGAAGAGUGGAGAUUAAAGAAGAGCAAGAAACAAAAAAGGAACUGGUCCUAGAAGGCAACCCUAAGUGGGAAGCACUGACUGAAGUACUGAAAGAAAUUGAGGCAGAAAAUGCAGAGAGUGAAGCCCUCGGUGGUCCAGGUCAAGUACUUAUUUGUGCAAGCGACGACCGAACGUGUUCCCAGCUAAGAGAGUACAUUGCUGUUGGAGCAGAGGCCUUCUUGCUGAGACUCUACAGGAAAACUUUUGAGAAGGAUAGCAAAGCUGAAGAAGUGUGGAUGAAUUUCAGAAAGGAGGAUGGCUCAAAGAGAAUUAGGAAAUCAAACAAAAGACCCAAAGACCCCCGCAAAAAAGAAAGAGCUUCUACCAAAGAAAGGACUCUGAAAAAGAAAAAACAAAGGUUAACUUUAACUCAGAUGAUGGGGAAAUCUGAAGAACUUGAAGAGGAAGGGGAUGGCAAGGAAGGACAUCCGAGAGACUUAGGCAGUAGCCCAGAAAGCUGCUUAGAAGAAAGUAAGCCUGAGGAGUUUGAGUUAAACUUGUCAUCAGAUGCCGCUUAUGGAAUUCUAAAAGACCCGCUCACUAUCAUCCACCCGCUUCUGGGUUGUAGCGACCCCUACGCCCUGACAAGGGUACUCCACGAAGUAGAGCCAAGAUACGUGGUUCUGUAUGAUGCAGAGUUAACGUUUGUUCGUCAGCUCGAAAUUUACAGGGCAAGUAGGCCCGGGAAGCCUCUCAGGGUUUACUUUCUUAUAUACGGAGGCUCGACUGAGGAACAACGUUACCUCACUGCUUUGCGGAAAGAAAAGGAAGCUUUUGAAAAACUCAUAAGGGAAAAAGCUAGCAUGGUUGUCCCUGAAGAAAGGGAAGGCAGAAGUGAGACAAACCUCGACCUGGUCAGGGGCUCCGUGUCCACAGGUGUUCCCGUCGACACUCGGAAAGCAGGUGGCCAGGAACAGAAAAGUGCACAGCAGACCAUCGUGGUGGACAUGCGUGAGUUUCGAAGCGAACUCCCGUCUCUGAUCCACCGCCGGGGCAUCGACAUCGAGCCGGUGACCUUGGAGGUUGGAGAUUACAUUCUGACUCCGGACAUGUGCGUGGAGCGCAAGAGCAUCAGCGAUUUGAUCGGCUCCUUAAACAAUGGCCGCCUCUACAGCCAGUGCAUCAACAUGUCCCGCUACUACAAGCGCCCGGUGCUUUUGAUCGAGUUCGACCCCAGUAAGCCCUUCUCUCUCGUGGCCCGCGGUGCCUUCCAUCAGGAGAUCUCCAGCAACGACGUUAGUUCCAAACUCACGCUCCUCACCCUGCACUUCCCCAGACUCCGGAUCCUCUGGUGUUGCUCCCCCCAUGCCACCGCGGAGUUGUUCGAGGAGCUGAAACAAAAUAAGCCACAGCCUGACGCAGCGACAGCUAUGGCUGUUACAGCGGAUUCUGAAACCCUCCCUGAGUCAGAAAAGUAUAAUCCUGGCCCCCAGGACUUCUUGUUAAAAAUGCCGGGGGUAAAUGCCAAAAACUGUCGCUCCUUGAUGAGCCACGUUAAGAACAUUGCAGAAUUAGCAAGCCUGCCACAAGACAAGCUCGCAGGUAUUCUGGGGAACGCUGCAAAUGCUAAGCAGCUUUAUGACUUCAUUCACACCUCUUACACAGAGAUCCUGUCUAGAGGGAAAGUGAAAAAAUGAACAGUGGUGGCUGUUUUCUUGCCCCGUGACUGCGCUUUUCAUCUGCUUUUUGCCCUCCGUGAUAGAUCGUUAUUAAUUAUUAGCUCAGUAUCUCGUUCUCCUCCAGUGUUUUUAAUGAUUGUGCUAUUUCCUAGUUGAGUGGGUCAGAGCCAAGGUUCCUUCCUGAGCUUUGCAUUCAGGCAUCUUUCCUGACUUUCCUGUGCCAGGUCUCCCUUCCUGUGCCGGCCAAGCCGGUAUGUGUGUGCAGUUUUUAAGCAAGGUGCGUCAGGAUCAGGUGAUGCUUCUGUAAGUGCUUACAGAAGGCCACUUUUGAGACAAGCCAAAGUUCGUGUCCUACACAAACUGAUAAAACACACACUCAGUUGUAUUCUCACCCUCUGUCCGUAGAGAUAUUCCCCCGGAACACUGAGACGGAAGCCUCUUUGCCAUCCCUGACCAGUUUCUCUCCACAUCUUUGUCCAUGAGGUACUUCUCCCACCUCUAAGAAAACUUCCUGGGGAUUUCCUCCUAGUGAGCUCAGACAGCCACCUCUAAAACCGGCUGGUUGAUUUCCUGGACACCUGAAUAGGUGCAGAUGUAGCACUCGGUAUUGUUCAAACCCAGUAUUUUUAAAACAUAAAAUGAAUUGCCUAUUUAUAGAAUUUUAUGCUAUAGUUGAGGAACCCUCAGAAUUCUCUGUUUUUACUGAGAUAUUUAACAUCUUAAAGAUUUAGUUUUCCUUCCUUGAGACAAAAAAAACUGUAAAUAUAAGGAAAAUCAAUGCAUAGAUUAUAUAAAAAUUCUAAAGAAAUAUAUAUGUAUUUAAAAAUUCAUAAAGAAAACAAUCUCAUUCUAAACCUUCUGAUUGAUUUUAUUUCACUCUUUACUGGUAUGUACAUACAGGACACAGCAUCUUUGUGCAGUUUUUAAACUUUUAUAUUUAAAUAUUAUUAACUUAGGUAUUAUACACAUAUUUAGUAACGAGUAAUGAUUUUUCUACCUCAAGAGCUGAUGUAGAUGUCUGUUCCCCAAGCCACACCACGUGGUUUAAUGUGUCAUCGGUAUCAGCCACGCUCUUCUUAUUUAACACCUUUUGAGCUCAGAGGAGACCGUGGGCCACGCAACACAGAGAUGGUCUCAGCUUCACCUCACGUCUUUUAACUGUCCUCUCCAAACUGAACCACACUGACGCCUUCAUUUCUUGGUGUGUUAACCUGUGUUAAUACAGUUAAAGUGUAUGUGGAUUUGGAACUGUGUACGGAGUGCUGCAAGAAUGGAUUGAGGGUUAUCAAAGAGCCCCUUGGUCACUGUAGAACUCUGUACAGUGAUCUGGAGGGUAGAGCAGAGGACAAGAAACAGAAAUCAGUUUAAGAUAAAGACUUGAGCUGCCCACUAAUUUUGUACCAGGAUUAAAAAUAUACCCUCGACAAUAGAAAACAAAAAUGUCAGAUACAUGUUAACUUUCACUUUUGUAUGUGUUUCUGAUGAAGUCUUUAUCUAAGACUUCGAUUAUAAUUAAAAGUACAUUUAAGCCCUCGCUGGUAUAGCUCAGUGGAUUGAGUGCGGGCCUGCAAACCACACGAUCGCAGUUUGAUUCCCAGUCAGGGCACAUGUCUGGGUUGCAGGCCGGUCCCCUGCAGGCCAGUUCCCAGCAGGGGAUGUAGGAAAGGCAACCAUACAUUGAUGUUUCUCUCCCUCUCUCCUUUCCUUCCCCUCUAAAGAAAUAAAUAAAAUCUUUAAAAAAAAAAAAAGUACAUUUAAAAAGGCACACCACCUGCCCUAACUGCAUGGUUCAGUUGGUUGGGAUUCCGGUACACCAGAAGGUCAUAGGUUCGAUCCCCAGUUGAGGUUUGUAUGGGAGGCAACUGCUUGAUAUUUCUCUUUUGCACCUCUCUCUCUCUCCCCUCCGCCCCGUCCAAAAAAUUAAUAAACAUAUCUCAGGUGAGGAUUUAAAAAAAGGCAUGCCACCUCAAAUAGUCACAGUUACUAACAUUUUUCUUCACACUAUUCUAGCACUCUGCUUGAGAUGUGUAAUUUCUAUUAUUUCUUAAAGCAACCAAUUUAAACAAUCCUAGUUAUUAGUACAACAGUGAUAACAGUGUAGUCGUAUUCAGAAAGCCAGCGUCCUCUGACUCCAAUGUUGUUUCUUGCUGCUGUACUUAGUGGACAUUUGGAGAGAGGUGCACCAUCUCCUGUGUGUUUGAAUUAUGACUGAUAUUUGCUAAUGGACUCAACACAGUCCAUACAGAUGAAAGGCUCUCACUGCCACUUCCUCUUCCAACUACAUAGGCAGGCUCCAGCACCAAUAAUGCCCCCUUUACACUACAAAAUCAUAAGUGUGCAGUUCUGUAACAUAACAAUAUCACACUCAAGCACACCAUUGACAUUUUAGGUGAAGUGGUCAAAUUAAAACUAUAAAUUACUAUACCAUCUUAUAGCCCUACCCACCGCACUCAAGCAGGCCUCACUUCUGCCGGACCCUGUGUGGAUACUUCAAUGUGUCUCCAGUUGUGGAAACCCUCUAAUACAACGAUCAUUUCCUUUCAUUGAAAUUUUUACAAGUUUUUACAAUCUUUGGCAAAAGAACUAGAAGUGCACAGUUGAAAAAUCAAUUUUCUAGCAUAACUCUUAGCUCCGCCUCUUUUAAAAUCAUAAAUAUCCAAUAUACAUAUGAACUCAUGCUUAACUUUUUUAAACUUUUUUUAAAAACUGGAGAUCCGCAUUAUUCUAUUUUAUAAGUGUUUUACAUAAAAUCUUGAGCAUGAGAUAUUGUGAGAAAUUGUUUGUUUUGUUUCUUUAAGUCACGGUUCCUGUCUUUAUAUUUCUUAAAAUUAUACAAGAAAAACAUUUUUAAUAGUGGUCAUAAGUAAUGUCCUUUUGGCAGUAAGUUGCUAUUUCUUCAUUCUGAGGCUUUAGUCGAGUAUAUAUUUAUGUAUAUUUUCAUACAUCCAGAACGCAACUUCCCAGCUCCCAAGGGACUAAAAAUAAUCGUCCCAUUCCUCAAUCCAUCGGGAACAUAGAGGGUUAAAUCAAGAUUUGAUUGUGUUGACAGUAUAAAGUUAAUAAAUGGCCUUGGGCAGGAAAACUUGCUCUGAAGCAAAUCUGGAGAAGGGGGCAGGGCAGAGGCAGGCAUUACUGGUCCCCACUUUUGUUUUUCAUUUUCCUUUGGCUCAGAAAACUAGGGAAAUCGCCUUCUCUUUGGUGUUCAGUUUAACCUACAAAUGUCCUCUUAAAAACCAAGAUUGUAGGAAAACUCUUUUCUCAGCCUUGAGUACAUGAAAACUUAUCCAGACGUCCACAUGAGUUGUCGUUUUUCUUCAUUAUUUCACUUUGUAAUUUGGUUUAUAGCUCUUUCCUGUUUAAUUCUCAACUUCAGCACUUAAUUUACCAUCUACAUCCAUAGGUUUUUGGUGGCCUACAGCACUGUUGCUUUUUGAUUUAAGGGUGUGUGUAAACCAAAAUUUGGAUGGGCUGGAAACAUAACUGAUUCAUAUGAAUUUGUAACAGAGUUUGUGUGGUUUUAAUAAAAUGUGUAUUUAUUCAGUA